AUGACCAUUCGAAACAGACAUGGACAGAAUGUCUGCGGGACAGCAGAGCCAAAUAGUACCAAUCGAACCAAUAAUACUUCCAAAAAGAAAUCCAAAUGGUUGAGCCCAAUAUGGAUUCUAGUGAUUAUUGGUUUGAUCUUGUUUGGUAGCAAACAACCAUACCGCUCUUUCUCGAAACAACAAGAUCCUGCCCUAGGAAGCAAAUCAGCAAAGAUACCAAAUCAAGGCAACAACGCGCAAGCCUUGACAUCAUCAUCGGCCUCGGAAAAUGCACCUUCCACUGUACGCGCACAAUCCACAGGAACACCCACACCAUCUCCAACAGAAUAUUACACAAACAAGGAAUUCCUCAAGCAUGAUUCUUAUUGGAACAAUUGGUCCAAAUGCGACAUGGCUGCUGCUUUUCGUGCCAACUGCAAUCCACGUCCAGCCAAUUGUUCCCGUGUCAUUGAAAACGUUCGCAACAAUCACGGAAUUGGCAAUGCCCUUACUGUUUCGUAUGUCAAAUAUGCCAUGGAUAGUCUCCAGGAGCAACCCGACUGUACUCCCAUUCUCAAGGAUGAUUGGUCAAAAACUCUGGAGGCCAACACUUACAAAUUUAAACUCUUGGAUUAUGUUCAUGAUCCGACCGUUGUCGUUCCUGUCCUGAACCGAUCAGAGCCUAUCAAAAAAUGCGUCCUAUAUGCCAUUACUCGACCCCGAGAGGCAGUGGCGACAAAAUUGGAACAAGUGGCUGCCAAGUUCGCUGAAAAUUCUUCCGACCAUUUGCCAUUGGUCGCCCUUCAUAUUCGUGCUGGGUGGAGUGACGAACUAGAGCGAAAUGCAGCCUGGAACGCCUUGGGCAAUUGUGAGGAUUUUCCUCAUGACAUGGAAAACACCCCACUGGCCGUAAAUGAAAUUGAUUUGAAAGGCAUCCUUUUGGAUACAGCCCAUGCGGCCGAUCGAAUGUUUGGAAUGGCCAAUUGGCGGCUUUAUGUGGCCAGCGAUGCUCCUGGAAUUCGAAGGUAUGUGCAAUACUUGCUCCACACCAGAACGCCCAAGAUUGUCUGGAACGAAGGACGAGUGGGGCACAAUUAUCUGGGAGGACAAACCACCACUACAGAAGAAAAGAUUGAAACCUCUAUCAGUGCAUUUUCCGAUGUAUUAGUCAUGGCCCAAGCGGAUCUAUUGGUCAGUCUCGUUUCCAAAUUUCCGAAAGCAGGUGAAAUGAUUUCCAUGUGCCCUCAACGAGCCAUUCAGUUGAGGGGUCAUCCGCGUCAUAGAUUGGCCAUAACGGGUCAUGUCCUGAAGAAUGCUUUUCGGCUAAGAACCAACCAGACGGAUCCUUAUUGGACUCCCGAGUUAUCAUUAACAGUUGGCGAUAUGGAAAAGUUUUGGGAUCAUUUGCCUUUUGGCAAAAAUAAUUCAUGCGCCAAGGCAGAGAAUCAGCUUCGAUCUUGUUACUGCUUGCUCAAACAGGCACAUGAGUGA